GAAACUUCGGCACUUGAUCCCUUUUCUUGGAUUGCUUUGGAGGAGACGGUUUCGUGACAGCUUUGGGAACAGUGAGGACAGUGUUGUAACUCUUAUUUUUAAAGAGACAGUAGAGCAGACUUUUUAAAUGUUUGGGAUUCAAGAUACUUUAGGAAGAGGACCAGCUCUGAAAGAGAAAUCGCUGGGCGCCGAGAUGGAUUCGGUCAGGUCUUGGGUCCGGAAUGUCGGCGUGGUGGAUGCCAACGUCGCGGCGCAGAGCGGAGUCGCCCUGUCCCGGGCCCACUUUGAGAAGCAGCCUCCCUCCAACUUGAGGAAAUCCAACUUCUUUCACUUCGUCCUGGCGCUCUACGACAGGCAGGGGCAGCCGGUGGAGAUCGAGCGCACCGCCUUCGUAGACUUUGUGGAGAACGACAAAGAACAAGGCAAUGAGAAGACCAACAACGGCACGCACUACAAGUUACAGCUCCUCUACAGCAACGGCGUCCGCACGGAGCAGGACCUGUACGUCAGGCUCAUCGACUCGGUCACCAAGCAGCCCAUAGCUUACGAGGGACAAAAUAAGAAUCCGGAAAUGUGCCGAGUUCUCCUGACACACGAAGUGAUGUGCAGUCGAUGUUGUGAAAAGAAGAGUUGUGGAAACCGAAAUGAGACUCCUUCAGACCCUGUCAUCAUCGACAGAUUCUUUUUAAAAUUUUUCCUCAAGUGCAAUCAGAAUUGUUUGAAAACAGCAGGAAACCCGAGGGACAUGAGAAGGUUUCAGGUUGUGUUGUCAACAACGGUGAAUGUGGAUGGGCAUGUACUGGCUGUUUCCGACAAUAUGUUUGUUCAUAACAACUCGAAGCACGGGCGGAGAGCGAGAAGACUGGACCCGUCGGAAGGUGUUCCUAUCUUCUUAGCUACCCCCUGCAUCAAAGCCAUUAGCCCAAGUGAAGGCUGGACCACAGGAGGAGCCAUGGUCAUCAUCAUUGGGGACAACUUCUUUGAUGGCCUCCAAGUGGUGUUUGGGACCAUGCUUGUAUGGAGCGAGCUAAUAACUCCUCAUGCCAUCAGAGUGCAGACUCCUCCUCGGCACAUCCCCGGAGUAGUAGAAGUGACAUUAUCUUAUAAAUCCAAACAGUUCUGCAAAGGAGCUCCAGGGAGGUUCAUUUACACAGCAUUAAAUGAACCCACCAUAGACUAUGGCUUCCAGAGACUGCAGAAAGUUAUUCCGAGGCAUCCCGGAGAUCCGGAGAGAUUAGCUAAGGAAAUGCUGUUGAAAAGAGCUGCAGAUCUAGUGGAGGCUCUCUAUGGCACACCACACAAUAACCAGGACAUCAUUUUGAAGCGAGCCGCAGACAUUGCUGAAGCUCUCUACAGUGUCCCCAGGAAUCCCAGCCAGAUCCCAGCACUGUCCAGCUCUCCAGCUCACAGUGGCAUGAUGGGCAUCAAUUCUUAUGGCAGCCAGCUUGGAGUCAGCAUCUCAGAGUCAACACAGGGAAAUAAUCAAGGCUACAUCCGCAACACAAGCAGCAUCUCUCCACGGGGCUACUCCUCCAGCUCCACCCCUCAGCAGUCUAAUUACAGCACCUCCAGUAACAGCAUGAAUGGCUACAGCAAUGUCCCUAUGGCCAACCUGGGCGUUCCAGGGUCACCAGGAUUUCUAAAUGGCUCCCCCACAGGCUCCCCUUAUGGAAUCAUGUCAUCAAGUCCCACUGUUGGAUCUUCCAGCACAUCCUCCAUCCUCCCAUUUUCCUCUUCAGUUUUUCCUGCUGUCAAACAGAAGAGUGCCUUUGCCCCUGUCAUCAGGCCCCAAGGCUCCCCUUCGCCCGCCUGCUCCAGUGGCAAUGGAAAUGGAUUCAGAGCCAUGACCGGACUUGUCGUGCCCCCGAUGUAAAGAAGAGGAAGAACUGCUUUCUUAUAGCACAAAACUACUUACUCUGA